AUGUUUACGUGAGGAUGUGUCAAUGGAUCUUCUUCUUCUUUUUUAUUCCUUCCUUCUCGCCCACAGUCUUCCGAAAAGGACCGUCAUGGUCGGAGUGUCGUUGCGCACGAAAACACCGACGGCGUCGUCCAGCUGUGUUUUUGCGCAUUCCAACUAUCCUAAGCUCACCUUUUUAAACGUUUUUCUUACUUGAGCUGUUUCCUGGGACCCUUGAAAGUUUGCGCAACAACUGGGGACCGCAGAGUGUCUUCUGAAACUCAAUAUUUUCCCGGUCUACUUCAAAAAUGGGUUCCCAUUGUCGAUAUUAGCGUUCUGUCUAAUUGUUUUCGAAAAUUGUUAGAAUUACAGCUGAAAAUCUCAAAACACCGAACAUUUUAGCUGUUCCAGAAACUAAGGCUAUUCGAAAUUUGUCGGGCUGUCUUCUGAGACCUGUAUCUCAAGAGCCAAUGAUUGUUUCAAAAAAUUGCCAACAGAAGAGUUGCUGCAAAUUUUGUGCUGAACAACUUUGUAAUUGAUCAUUUCACGCCAAAGUGAGUCGUUUUUGAGUUAUGGCCCAAUUUCUGAGAAGGACAAUAUUAAAAACGUUGAUUUAUGCGAAUUCAUUGGAAAACUCACCGAAAAGUCUAGAUUUUUACACUCAAAGUACAAAGAAAACGUUCCGAAAUUUGUUGAAGACCGAACCUGAGAACAGCAGAGAAAGACAAAAGUGUCGCUUGGAACGAGGUCAUAUUAGUGCCACGUCAUUGACCAUUCGCUCACUCUUCUUCUUCUUCUUCUUCUUCUUCUCUUUUCAUCCUAGAGUCUAGACUCUCUGGAAGCCGAAGCCUUUUCAUUUAUUGCAGAAAUUCGAUCCCAAAUGUCAUUUUUUCCGUGUUGAGAACUAUUAUUACGUAUAAAUACGUACAUUCGCGCCUAUUUUGCAUGGCUAGCCUUGAGCACUCUAAUUCUGAGAGUUGCAAUUUGGAAAACUGACACUCCUCAUUACCCACAACGUUUUCGGCAUCAAAUUGGAGAUCCUACAAGGUUCUGGGCCUUCCCUCUUCCUCUCCCUUCUCGGCGUCUCCGAGUGUGCUCCGUGAGCCCCCUGCCGGCUCCCCUGGCAACCCCUUCCUCUCCUUCUCUCUCUCUCUCUCUCUUCCUCUCUCUUCCUCUUUCAAAUCUGCUCUCAUUGCACUCACUUUCCAUUCGCUUCCAACGCCUUUCAGAAUUUCUCCACCGCGCACCAAAAUUCUGUCGCUACUCGGACUCGACUCGGAGCAAAUCCAGCAACAACACGUGGAGGUACGUGAGGAACCCUUUGGAAUCACUUGAUCACUUGUAUCUUGGCUGCCGCUAGAGAUAUCAAAAAGUGGUCAACUGAUAAAAUGUACACAAUUUCUUAAUGAAUAAUUUGUUAGUUGAUGACUUUUCGAUAUCUUUACGGGCAACGGAGAUAUAUUGCAUUGAAUGAACACUACCUACUUUUAGAGCCGUACAAUUUCCGGGUUCAGUCCUCCCUCGCUCAAAAGUCUGCUAAACCAUAAAACACAUGUGUAGUGUAUUAGAAUAAGUGAAUUUCUUUUAAAAAUUCGUUAAGAUUUGUUUACUCCUCGGAUUUUCGAAAGAUUUACACUUGAUUUGAGAGGCUUUUGGGGGAGGAUUUGUGUGAAAGUGAAAAAUUUAUCGCCAAGCCUUAGGAUCUUCGUUUCUACUUUUUCUUUCUCUUGUAAAGCCAUCAAAAUUUACUACCAACACAUUUUCCGGGAAUUUCAGAAAAUGGAGGGGCAGGUUCGCUGAUUUUCUUCGAAGCCUUACAAAAAAAGUGUUUUCCAGAUGCGUCCGCACCAAAUGAACGAGUUUCUGAUCUAUUGCAUUCUGUUCCUGUUCGUCAUGCUCAUCGUUUCGAUCAUUCUUCUGUUCGUCUCGAAACCCAUCUACAAGUUCAAGUGCCGUCAUUUUCCCGGCGAACAAGACUACGAGCUGCUCGUUUGA